AUGCUUUUCAACACCUUUACUACGUCUGCUAUCGCAGCCUUUGCUCUUUUGGCAGCUCCAGUUGUCAGCAGUCCCAUCGAUACCAUCCCAGAGGGCCUCGAAUCCCACCUCCAGAGCCGAGCCAACGACGUGACGGUCAAAUUCUGGACCACCACAACAUGCCAUACUUCAAGAUCCAGAAAGGGUUUCAACAGCGGGCAUUGUAUCAAUGCUCUAGCUGGUAAAGACCAUGCCGUUAGCAUGCAAGAACGAAAGAGCACAAAGUGUCAUAUGAUUCGAUAUCGGGAGAAGAACUGCCAAGGCUACUCAGAGAAAGGCCUUAAUCUCCAUGACUGCUUCAACAUUGGAGACGAGUGGGAGUCUCUCAGGUUCAAGUGCUAA